GAUUUACAUCAUCACCCAACAGCUGAUGAGCUGUGGACACUUCUCUCGCUCUCUCUCUCUUAAACAUUCCAAGAAUUAAUAUCUCGCCCGCCCUUCUCGUCCGCUACAGAAAGCCAGAAUGGUUAGGAAGGAGUGACUCCCACCCACUCAUUCCCUCAAUCAUAAUACAACCCUUCCCCACAUUAAUUCUCUCUCUCUCUCUCACUCUCUCUCAUAAAUCCACAAUCCACCUUUCCCUAAAUACCGCCUUUUUUCCCCACCCAUAUCAUAAUACAAUACCGCUAUUACAACACCUCCGUACUCCCACUUCAAUCUCUUCUCCUACCCCUAACCCCUUUCCGACCAGUCCAGUCCCAUCCUCAUCUCUCUCUCUCUCUCUCUCUCUCUCUCUCUAAAUAUAUAUAUAUAUAUAUAUAUAUUUACCUCUCCACCACCCUCUCUCUUUCUAUUCUCUCUCUCUCUUUCUCUCUCUCUCUCUCUGUUGUCUUCUCUUUGGGUUGUCUUUAUACUCAUUUCUGAUGAAUAAUCCUUGAUCUGCCCAAUCUUCAGCUAGCUGGUACAACCCGCCUUUAAUUCGUUCAAGAAUUGUUGUUGAUCUAUUAUAAAGUGUGAGCCAAAAUGUCAUUGGACAUCACAUCUGAGCGCGUUUGUUACGUCCACUGCAACUUCUGCAACACCAUUCUUGCGGUGAGCGUUCCAUGCACAAGUAUGUUCACAAUUGUAACAGUGAGAUGUGGGCAUUGUGCAAAUUUGCUCUCAGUUAACAUGGGGGCUUUGCUUCAGAGUGCUCCUCCUCAAGAUCUCCAGAUUGGGCAGAAACAACAGUCCAGCGAUGAAGAUCCAUGCAGGGAGAGUGGAUCAUCUUCGAAAUGCAACAAAUUUGGUUCAUUGGAGUCUGCUGACCAUGAAGCUACAAGAAUGCCUCCUGUUCGCCCCCCUGAGAAACGGCAACGGGUCCCAUCUGCAUAUAACCGAUUCAUCAAAGAGGAGAUCCAAAGGAUAAAGGCCGGUAAUCCGGAGAUUAGCCACCGAGAAGCCUUCAGCACAGCAGCCAAAAAUUGGGCACAUUUCCCUCACAUUCACUUUGGGCUAAAGCUGGAUGCCAACAAGCAGGCAAUGAUGUUGGACCAAUCAUAUGCAGGUGAUCAGGGGGCUCAAAAGUCUUCCGAAUUCUACUAGAAACAAUGCCACCUUAAUUACGUAUGUUCGUUGUGAAUAAGAAAACCAGUUUAGUUUAAUUUGUCUCUACUCGUAAAGACGGUAAUCCGUUAAUUAAUUCCGAGGUGAAUUAAUUAAACAAAUUGUACUGGGAAGGAAGGCCCUCUUCAGAAUCUCACCAGUCGUCCUUACCUUAAUUAUGUGUUUGCUCUCUUUCAUUAUUCUCUGUGUGUGCCUUAUGUUUCAUUCGGGUUCAACAUGACACAUUGCACUAACAAGUUAUAUAUAUAUUUCCUGUAAUAAUAAUGCACGCUUGUUUCACUCCA